CAAAGAGAAACCACAGACCUCGAUUCAAUCAGAUCAAACAUCUAUGUAUAGUAUGUCGGCCACUGGUUACAGGACUUAAAGGAUCUGCUGCUUGAACAGGACACUUUUAGAUGUUGUGUGCCUCCAAAGGUCAAAGCUGUUGGAGUGUAUCAUUUUAAUCUGUUAGAGGAAUCCUGCUGACUGUGAUUGAUUCAUAGAUUUAUAUAGUGCCAGUUCUUAACAACAGUUAUCUAAAUAUUGCUUUAGUAGGUUAAAGACACUUUUAGAAAGAAAACAUCAAAGUUCAGUCAGUCCCCUAUGACAAAGCACCUGGCAAGUGUGGGAAAGGAGAACGCCUUUUAAACAGGAAGGGGUCUUCAGCAAAACCAGGGUCCCAUAGGGGAAGCCAUUUACCUUGUUUGGUUGGAGGUUUGAGGGGACAAAAAAUAUGAGGAAAAAAGAAUGGUGUGGGAUUUACUGCUGUAUCUGCUGAAGUUUAAUAAAAAAAAAAUAUGUCUGAUAAAUUCUGGUAAACUUCUGAACAACUGGACCCUCCUGGGAGGAGAAGAAAAAUUCAAAUUUAAGGUAUGUCUGCUACUUUUCAGGCCCGGAAGCUACAUCGAUAUUUUAUAUACAGUCUGUGAGUAAAUGUCAUAAUGUCAUUCCACAUUAUUAAUCCAAGUGCAUAUUUCAUGCCUAAAAUCAAAAUGUUAGACGAUGUCAAGUGACCCAUGGUGAUCAACUUGAUACUUAUAGAAAGGUACUUUACAAACAUUAAGCCCAUAAAAAGAAACUCCAAACCGUCUCAAACUCUUUUAUCAAUAAUCAUGAUGAAACUUAUCAGAACCAAACGUAUUUUAAUUUAAAAUGAGAAGUUUUACUUAUACUUUAAAAACAUUUCGACAUUUCAUCUUAUUUCUGUUCAAACAUGAAGCCAAAAAUCUUAUUCGCCCCCUGGUGGCUGGUUGCAGUACAAGCCAUUAACCACGCCCCCUCAAUAUUACAAUAUGAGAUAAAUUAAACUAUAAUAGAAGUACUUAAAGCUUAAACGUAGAGCUUCUGUCUUAUUAAGCUCGUACAUCAUCGUAAAUGUGUUUCUGAUGAAGACGCUUUAAUUUGUCCUCCUUUUUUGUCCUCUAGUAACCUCAGAUGUGUCAGUUAUGAUCGGAGUCCCGUCUCUGCGUGUCAGUCAGACACGUCACACGAGAGUUAAAAGCGCCGCAGGUCACAGCUGCCGUGGAAGUAUAAAUUUAACAAGCCCGUCAGACUUAUUUUACCCCUGUCUGUCUGUUUUGACUCGGCUGGCUUCCCGUUUGGAGGAGGAGGAGGGUGAAGAGAACGAGGAGGAGGAGGAGGAGUGUGUUACCCGGGGUGAGGUUCCGACCCCGGCUGAACCAGUGAGCGGGGGAAGGAACGGCAGGGAGAUGCGGUGUGUUGAGGAGCGGAAACGUCUGAAUGACCGGCAGAGAUUUGCAGUCUCCUCUUCGAGCCAGAAGGUUUUUAUCAGUUUGCAGCUGCUUGAUUUGUGGAGCCAUUACAGCAUAUUUCACCGGGAGCUGCCAGCCCUGUAGCUCCUUGCAGUCAGGAGUGUGUGAACAUGACGGGUCAGACUGUGGGAGGCGUCAUCCAGGAUCUGUCGGUGCCCUCUCUGCUGGGUGUGGGGUCCAGGCCUCAGGGGGAGACCGGCUCCUUCACCGAGGAGGCUGUUUCCAUCCUGACCUCCACGAGUCAGCUGGCCCGAAGCCUCCUGGGUCACACGUUUGCCUUCAAACGCAAAGACAGCUUUAACAACGCUGAAGCCAUGGCUGGCAACAGCUGUGACGAAGACAGCGGUAAUAAUGCACGUCGCAAACGGGAGUUCAUCCCUAAUGAGAAAAAAGAUGAUGGCUACUGGGACAAGAGGAAAAAAAACAACGAGGCAGCUAGACGCUCCAGAGAAAAGCGGAGAGUGAAUGACAUGGUGCUGGAGAGGCGGGUGAUGGGUCUGCUGGAGGAGAACGCCCGCCUCAGGGCCGAGCUGUUGGCCCUCAAGUUUCGCUUUGGGCUUGUUAAGGACCCCUCUAAUGUGUCCAUCCUACCGUUGACUGCGCCCUUCUGUCCUCAUCCCACCCCCAGAUCAACAAAUCACUACCAGGCUCACACUGAUGGCUCCCCAUAUGUCGGCACACAGGCCAGUGCCAACACUCACCAGAUCCUCUCUCAGGCUCCGCAGCAGGGCGCCAUCUAUGGUGCAAGAACAGCUGAGUUGAGUCAUAGUGGAUCGCAGGAGACUGGGGUUGUGACCUCAUGUGGCUCAAACGUGGGGAGCCCUGUGUUUUUUGAUGACACACUGGGUGAGAGUGGCAGGCCUUCUCCGAGGGAUGUGACGGAGGAGCAGCAGUGCUGUGAGAGUCAGUAUUUAAGCAGGCAAGACUCAUCGGAGGGUUUGAGGAGUCUUCCACACAAGCUUCGUUUCAAAAGCCCUGGGGGAGGCAGCAACGGAGGGGAAAUUUCUGCAUCACCUGACAGCAGGAAUGGUGGCCUGCCUAUAGCCAUGGUGGGACCAAACAUCCAAAUGAGAAACCACCAGCAAGUGGGGUGGGAUGGCCAGGUGGAGAGCCAGGCUUCUUGGUCUAGAGAGGAUGCCUGGGGCGUGCAGUAUCAGGGUUCACCUUCAGGAUAUAAUAACUCAUCUUUUCAGCAGAAUUCAAGCGACCACAGAUAUCCAGCAGAGGACAACAGCCUCAGGUCGCAGAUCAGCAGUUUGUCCCAGGAAGUGGCUCAGCUCAAGAAGCUCCUGUCUCAACAGCUGCUUCCUAAGAUGGCCUAAAACCAGAUGAGGGGACGAUCAGAUCCACACCAUAUUUCCCCAAAUAAUCAAACUCAUUUUCCCAGAGUGGGAUGAGCAUAAGCAGCUACCUCUGAAAUAGCAUGACAUUUUUUAGUGGCCUGUUUGCUCCAGUGAUGAACAAUACAGCAGGAGCAGAAUGAAAGAAAGUCAUCACGUAUACGCAACACUGUAUGUACUGGACUGAAACGCAAGAAUGAAGUGUCCAUCAUCUGCAAAAACCUCUUUCUCAUCAGAUUCAACCUCACCUUCAAUCUCGUCGUAUUUCGAGACACCGGGCAGUUAUUUUGUGUGUAAAAUUAAGCUGUUAUUCACAUGACGUUUUGGAGUGUACUGUGGUUUUUGUGCCAUUCACUAUCGUAACCUCGAUGUUACUUUUCAAAACUGUGAGUGCACUCAACUGUGUGGAAAUAAAAUCCUGCUUUAUGUAAAC